AUGACCGAUCGAUUCGAUACGCUCUUGGCGCAGAUAGCACAACAACAUGGCGGCGUGGAACCACUUCUGGAUACAUUCUUUGGUUUCUUACAUCGUAAGACUGAUUUUUAUGUCGUUUCAAAUGACCCAAGUUCGCACAGAAUGGGAUUCUUGCCUGGUCAAGCACAACAGAAGGUGCUUUCGGCAUUUCAAAAAUAUCCGAUGAAAAGACUACCAGAUAAAGCUCGAACUCGUGUUCAAGACAAUGUAUCAUCAAAGAAGAAUGAUAGUACAUCAAAGUGUAGUCAUAUUGCUGUGAAUGAGGAGAUCCAACCACAAUUAACAGAAGAUGGAAAGCAAGUUCCAGUGGGUAAUGGAGGUCGAUCAAAGAAUUACGUCUGGACACAGACAUUAGAGGAUGUGACGAUUCACAUGGAAUUACCGCAAGGUACAAAAGCAAAGGAUUUGGACUGUCGCAUUGAAUCGACAAAGAUUCAAGUGACACUCAAGUCUGAUCCAAGAACAUCAUUACUAAAUGGAGAAUUUGUUGAAAAGAUACGCGUUGAUGAGAGUAUCUGGUCAGUAGAAAGCAAUCACAUGCUUAAUAUUUCACUUGAAAAGAUCAAACCGACAUGGUGGGCUAGUGCGAUAAAAGGUGAUCCAGAAAUUGAUACCAGUCAAGUAGAUUCUCAACGGAAUAUUCAAGAUUACGAUGAAGUAACUCAAGGUGCUAUUCGAAAAGCAGUCUAUGAUCAGCGUUUACAACAAUUGAACGGUGGACAGCCACUUACACCCGAGGAGCAAAUGUUGCAGGAAGCCAAAGCUCUUCCUGGCUCCCCGUUUUUACCUCGUACAUGA